AUGAAAAUGUAAUGUUUGAUCAGCAACUAGUUAUCGUUCAAUCGUUUAACAGUAACGUCUUGAUACACGAAUUCUCAACAGAGCAAGUUACGUCGAUAUUAUUACAUUUUCUGAUAUUCUCUACUAUCAAUGUCAGUCUCAGAGGUGCUACCUAUGGUCAUCUGGAACCAGCUAAACACCUUCCUCGUACGAUUGUACGAUCCUAUCGAUCGAGUGGAGAACCUUUUCCUUAAAAUGAAGAAUAUCUCUAUGAUGACGAAUCAAAUGAUGUUUCUAAUGCUGGCUGAUCAUGUUUUUAUAACAGAACCGAAAAUGACGUGCCUUUACACACUGAUGUUUUACAAUGUUGUUACUUACUGCAUUAGUUAUAUUAAGGAACUGAUCGAAAAGAAAGAUUGGUCACCUUACGUGACUCUCACAGAAACGUCAAAAAUUAAACACUUAGCCAUGUCUGCUACCAAAAUAGUGUUAGAAUGGACUAAAGCCAUCACUUUUAUUGUAACAUUAACAUUCAUGCUCCUUGUCUUUGGCUUGCAUCAAGGUCUUGAGCAUUACAAACCAUCAACGAAUUACAUAACGAUAACGUGGAUCUAUUAUUUGACAACGGAGAAAGUGUUUGUUGAAUUGUUUCCGUCAAUCUUGAAAUCUUUUCGUUUGGAGAUUUUUGAAAAUCUUGAAGAACUUUACGCCUCGAUGAUAUUAAAAUCAUUUACCAUUAGCGCUUCUGCGUGCCUUAUUAUAAUACUCGCGCCACUAGUGUCCUGGAAAUUUUUAUUUAUUGCCAUCUAUUCCAACAUUUAUUUGAGAUUAAAAGAUCUGUUACAAAUAUCUGGCCCCUUGUUAAAACUAGAACGUGAAAUGUUGAAUUGUUAUAGAAAAGCAACGGCUGAAGAAAUUAAACAAUUUGAUGAUGUGUGCCCUGUUUGUCUUUGCGACAUGAUCAGGGCGAGAGUAACACCGUGUUACCAUCUUUUUCAUGCUGAUUGUUUACGUCAGUGUCUCAAGACGAAUGAUACUUGUCCCAUGUGCAAAAGAGGAUUAACAUUAGGAUCAGUAAUUUCAAGUCAGUAAUAAAUGUAACAUGUUACAGUCACGAUUCUACCGUAAAUAUCACAUCUAAUUGAUUGAGGCUGAUCAAUUGAUUACUCAAUUGAGCGACUAAUUUAUGAAAAUAUUAAAUAUUUAUAUUACGAGUUAUUGAAAAAAGAUAACUUACAAAUAUAAAUUUACAAAAAUAU